AUGGAUCCUGAUCGAAGUGUGGCAGAUGAUGUUGAAAAAUUUGUCCGUGUAAAUCCGAAUGUUCAACCUCCCCCACCCCCUCCUAUUCCUCAACUGAUUCCCGCGGCUCCACAAAAUGUUGACUUGGUAAGAUCAGGUAGGCCUCCCGUUGACAAAAUCCGAAAGCAUGGAGCUGAAGAUUUCAAAGCUAAUAUAGAUGAUGACCCACAGAAGGCAGAGUUUUGGCUUAAAAAUUCCAUUCGGUUCCAAAAGAAAGGGUUAUGUGGCAAUUCUUCCAGAAUGAAUUCAGAAAAAAAAUAUAUAAGCCAACGGUUCAUCGAUCAAAAGCGCAAAGAAUUUCUCGAGUUGAAGCAGGGCCGAAUGUCUGUGGCUGAGUAUGAAAGAGAGUUUGUUAGAUUGAGUAAAUAUGCUCAAGAAUGUGUACCCACUGAAGCUGCUAUGUGUAAAAGGUUUGAAGAUGGUUUAAAUGAAGACAUUAGAAUAUUUGUUGGGAUGUUGGAACUAAAGGAAUUUGUAGUAUUGGUUGAUCGGGCUUGUAAGGCUGAAGAAUUGAAUAAAGAAAAGAGAAAAGCUGCGAUGGAGGCUCGAGAUACAAGAAAGCGGCCUAUGAGUAAACCAUUUCAAACUCAAUCAAAUAAGUCUAAAGAGAUGAACCCUAGAGUGACUACUUCAACUGGAUAUCUACGUCGAGACUGGGGAAAAUUGUACUUGGGUUCUGAGGCUCAAGCUACAUCGGUAUCAAGUAUGGGUAGUAUGAAGCCUAGUAGACCAGAGUGUCAGCAUUGUGGAAGACAACAUCCUGGUGAAUGUUGGUUAAUUAGCCGGGCUUGUUUCAAGUGUGGUUCUCGACAACAUUAUAUUAAAGAUUGCCCUGAGAAUCUGGAAGAAGAAAAAUUUCAGAAUGUUAGAUCGAGUGAUACUGUCAGCAGAGUUAGAUCGUCGAGAAACACUGGAACUAAAGAUAGCGAUAAAAGUGGAAUGAAGAGUACAGCUGUAAAAUCAGAACCUCGAACACCUGCUAGAGCUUAUGCCAUACGAGCUCGUGAGGAUGCAUCAUCUCCCGAUGUGAUUACUGGUACAUUCUCUCUUUGUGAUAUUGAUGUUGUUGCUUUGAUUGACCCUGGGUCUACUAAUUCAUAUGUUACUGUUUCCCGGCUAAUCUGA